UAUCAUUAUUAUGUUUUUGGUACAUAACAAAGCUUUUCUUUCUUUAUCUCUCGUCUUGUGUACCUUUGUUUUCCAGGCCAAAGAAAAUGGAUACUAAUUUCAGAACCUCUUCUUCUUUACUACAGCUGAGAUCUUCUUUUUGUUUUUCUCCUCCACUCUCUUCUUCAAAGCUGAGAUUAUCGAAAUCAAAGCGGUUGAACUUUGUUCAGCAUCGGUUAGUGAUAAAAAAUUCGUCUGGGUUUGAUGAAGAUUGCUCUUUUGAUGGCUUUUCUGUUAAACCCAACAAGCUUUUCAUGCAAGAGGCUAUUGGAGCCGAGUAUGGAGAAGGUUUUGAGACUUUCAGGUUGGACGGGCCUUUAAAGGUUGAUGUGGAUUUCUUGAAUGAUAGAUUACAAGAGGGUUUUCUUAAGCGAAUUCGCUAUGCCAUGAAACCGGAUGAAGCAUAUGGUCUCAUUUUCUCUUGGGAUGAUGUGGUGGCAAAUACUGGAGCUCUCAAGUUAAAUGCUUGGAAACAACUUGCCUUGGAAGAGGGAAAGGAAAUUCCUCCUGAGGCUGAUGCUCAAAAGUUGAUGCUUUAUGCAAGUGCUGAUCAUGUAUUGCAUAAGAUUUUGCGCUGGGAAACCAUAGAAAGUGAAGUAGAUAGAUUGAAGUUGAGGCUCUCACAGAUUUAUUAUGAUAAUCUUCCAAAGCUAAGAAAACCAAUGGAAGGUCUAGAAGAAUGGCUUGAUGCUGUAUCUACGGCUCACAUCCCUUGUGCUGUGGUUUCAAGUCUUGAUCGAAGGAACAUGGUUGAUGCUUUAGAACGAAUUGGCCUCAAGAAGUAUUUCCAGGCAAUAAUUUCUGAGGAAGAUGGUAUGGAGUCAAUAGCUCAUAGAUUUUUGUCAGCAGCUGUGAAGCUGGAUCGUAAACCAUCUAAGUGCGUAGUGUUUGAGGAUGAUCCACGUGGCAUUACUGCAGCUCAUAACUGUACAAUGAUGGCUGUGGCAUUGAUUGGCUCCCACCCUGCGUACGAUCUAGGGCAGGCUGAUCUUGCAGUUGGUAGCUUUAAUGAGCUUUCAGUGAUUAAUCUUCGAAGAUUAUUUGCUAACAAGGGUUCUACUUUCAUGGACCGGCAAAAGCAGAUCAUAGAGAAGACUCCUCCGAAAAGGAAGCUUACGGUUGAUACCAUCUUCUGAAUCAUUUUCACCUUCCUUUCAUUUCAAAGUUGUCCCUGUAUUUUAAGCGAGAGCGCAGUUUAGGAGAUAGUUGUAUGAGCCAUGAGUACAUAGUUGCAUGAUCCAUGUUACUCUUCAUUUUCAUGGUAUGGAGAUACAUGUAUCUGGGGCUGAGUCCGAGUAACAAAGGUCCACAGUUUACUUUAAAAUUUGAUUUAGUUAGGAAAAUGUUGUCCCAUAUAUCAUUCAACUGAUUGUACAGUAGAUUGAGUUGUCAUCAUGUGAACUUCACAAUAAACAGCAACUGUUGGAGCAGACGAAUCUCUGGACAAUCCGGAUGGCCAUUGUAAUUUUGUGCAGAAUCAGUGAAAAUGAUACCCUUUUUGCA